GUCGACUCUACAUGAUUCGCGCACAGCGUAAAAAGUUGUUCAGAAGGCAUAGGCGCAUCGGUUCUUAAGCGGCACGCCAAGAAGAUAAAGAAAUUCACAAGCCUGUUUGGAAGACAUCCAAUUCGGACCUUGCUAUAUUCAAGAGGAUCUGUAACUCCGCCAAACAACUGAUACCUUACACAGAUAUGGCCAAACAAGAAUCGGCAACUGGUGGAGCAGUACGAUACAAACUUCGUGACCGUCCUAAGGUCAAAUCCUCGAUACCAUACCGAGACUUCUUCACAUCAAUCUGCCCUACAUCUGAUGGAAAUGCAUGGCUGUGUUGCUGGGACACCUACAUAGUGAAGCUAAUCAACAAGAAAGGUGAGGUCAUACAGACGAUUCACCACGAGAGUCCAGUCGAGGACAUCAGUCUGGACCCCACAACAGGUCGUCUGUGGUUCUGCUGUAGGGCUGAGAGGACUAUCUGUGAAUUAUCUUCAUCAUUUUCACCAGUCACAAGAUUCACUACAGAGGGUUGGGCACGCAGUCUGUGUGUGACCAGGGAGGGUCGGGUACUUGUGGGUACACAGGGUAAACCGAUUGGUAGAGAGUGUAAACAGGAAGGGUACGAGAUUGCAAUGUAUUCAACAGACGGCCGGGUGUUGCGUACAACCAUUGUGGAAAAGUCAAAAGCGGGUUAUGUGCGGUCCAUCUUAGAAUGUGAUGUUACAGGAAACAUAGCUGUAGUGAGUAUCUCAGACAGCCGUCACGUCAUCGUAUAUAGUCCUACACUCCAGCCACUGUUCCACUACCGGGGAGAGGGGAUACAGGUACAGAAGUCGGUCACACCAGGCGAUUUUAGUCCCUGGACACUUGUAUAUGACAGUAAGGGUAAUAUUGUUAUUGCUGACAAUGGCAGGAGAACAAUAGAACUGAUAAGUGGAGCAGGGAAGUACAUAAAAACACUUCACACAAACAAAGACUUUCAGGGACCAGUAGGUAUGCAGGAGGGUGAUGUGUUGUGGUCUGGUUUAGAGGUUAAAACAUCUACUCGUGAAAUCAAACUCUUCAAGUAUUACAGUAAAUGAAAAACUCAGCAUUGAAUGAGUUUACUAUGCAAAUUAACUUUUUACACCAUUUUUCAUAUUGUACUCAUAAACAUAUGAUAUUCUUAAUAUACUGAUUACAUGAACUGAUAUUCCAUUUCUUCACAACAAAGUCAUUCACAAGUCAGAAACAAAAGUGGUAUUAUGUGUUUGAACGAGAUACCGUGCAAGGUGUAAAAAGGAUAUUGUUGUUUUGUAAAUUUUUAGAAAAUUGUCUUAUGAUAAUUAAAAAAACUAUUAACGGCACAAAACUAUCAUAAGUUUAAAUUUCAUAAGGUCGUAGCUUAUAUGCAAUAUAUGGGGGAAAUAUACUCAAGUGUGUAUGCUUUUUCCCGUGCUUGCAAUUCCAAUACUUCGGCUUAUUUUUUAUGGAAAAUCAUUUCGGUGUUUACCGAUUUGAUUCAGAUAUAUGUAUUUGAAAAAAAUCUAUUUCUAUUAAAUUUAUUGACAAAAUACAGAUAUCUGUAUUUCAAUUUGGGGUGUCACUAUUUGAAUAAGAGAUAUAACUGUUGUUUAUAUACAUAUGUCUUUAUUUUGGAUACAGAUAUAUAUAAUUAUUACAUAGAUAGAGACAGUUGAAUUAAACAUAGAUAUAACUCAAUUAAAAAGGAUGAAUAUGGAAAAUGCUUUUUAGAAAAAGAAAUCCAAUCAGGCUUGUGCAUGCAUUGAUUGGUUGAUUCAUUCACGUGAUCAUUGGAAACCAUCACGGAAACCCAAAUGUACUUCAAAUGCGAAAGUCAACACUCUUUCUUUUUUGUUUCUCUGACAAAAGACAUCUCUCUAAAAUGGUAUGGGUUUAUACGUUGAAUUUGUGGCCAUAAUGGUAUUAAUAAAAUCACACGAUGACAUGCCCUCUCUUCGCAACAAAUGUAGAGUAGUUAGAUUUUGAUAUAUCGUUUUCAAUUGAACAGAAAAUCAUCCAAUCACUAUUCUAGACUGAAAAUAUAAUAAAAUAUGAAAUGUAAAUAAAUAAAGUGAUGGAUAAAAAUAAGUUUAAGAUACAAAAGUUUAUCUGAAUUUUUGACUUGCUGCAAUUGCUUAUUACUGUAGCGGGACUGGACUGCGUCGAUCAUCGGUGACCAGGUAGCUCAAUUGGUAGAGCAUCCGGCUAGUGUUCGGAGGUCCCGGGUUCGAACCCCGGUC